AUGACAAGAUACGUCACCACUUUCAGCAUCCUGGCGUUCACGGCCAAGGUCGUCCUGGCACGCGACACUUGCCUUUCAACCGCGUCCUGGAGCAAUGAGCGCGUCGACUUGUUCGCCGUGGCGCCAGAUGCCCAUAUUGCGCACAAGUUCUGGACCGGACACGACUGGCAGCCUUUCAACGGACUCGAGCGUCUCCCCGCCGAGGUCCAGGGCUGUCCGUCGGUACUGUCCUGGGGUGAAGGCCGUCUCGACAUAUUUUAUGUGAACGAGACGGGAAACAAUGUUCUGCACAAAUACUUUGGUGGUGGAUCCUGGGGUCCAUCGUGGGAAGAUGCCGAGGACAUUGGUGGUCAUGUUGUUGCGCUGUCUUCGGCAUCGUGGGGUGCAAACAGGUUUGAUGUUGUAGGCAAGACUAACAAUGGUUCUUACACCCACAAGGCGUGGACUGGGGAGUCCUGGUUCCCAUCAAAGACGGCGUGGGAGGACUUGAGAGGUAACUUUUUUAGUGAUCCGGCCACCGUCUCGUGGGGCCCUGGACGCUUGGAUAUCAUCGGCCUUGAUGCCAACAGUGGUUCUCUUUUCCACAAGUACUACAUCAAUGGCUGGUCUGAAUGGGAAGAUCUGGGUGGAGGCCCAUUUGUCGGUAAUCCCGUGGCCACAUCUUGGGGCGAAGACAGGCUCGACUUUUGGGCCAUCAACUCGGAUGGUGAGCUAUUCCAUACCUACUGGGACGGGCAUAGUUACUCGGACUGGGAGAGUCUGGGCGGCGAGUUCACGGACACGCCCAAGGUUGUGCACUGGAAACCGGAACGUAUCGACAUUGUCGGCCGUGGUCUGAGCAGUGACAUCUAUCAUGGGAAGUCGUUUGAUGGUUCCCAGUGGCUUCCGUCUGUCACUGGGUGGUUUGAUCUGGCCGGUCCAUUUGAUUCUGAGCCUGCGUUGGUUUCUAAACGCGACACUAAUUUUCUAUAUGUGUUUGGUGUGCAUGAUCACGAUGUAAGGUUGCAGAUCUGGUCAGGGUCGGACUGGCAGCCGGGACACAGCGAAACGUGGUCGCUAGGACAAUUGUCUUCUGCGCACUCAGAAAUUCGUAUCUAUAAUGACCGCGACCAAUCCGUACUUGGUGGCAUUGAAUCUUGA